GCUACUCACAUUCAUUUCCUACUCACAUUCAUUUAUUUCCUUUUCGGGUUUUUUAUCCCAUUACUUUCCUUCAUACCUUCAUUUGAAACCUACAAUCUACAAUUUGAAUUUUGUUAUUUUUUUCUCUACUUCAUUUCAUCAUGUACUCAACAAAAAGUCUCAUCGGGUUUGCGAGCAUGCUCGCAGCCCUUCCAUCUGCCAUUGCUGGUUUUAGCUCCAGCUCUUCUAACAGUGUUGCCAUUUACUGGGGUCAAGGUCCUAACCAAGGGACACUCGCAUCAUACUGCUCAAAUGCCGGCUUUGACAUCAUCCCUAUCGCUUUCUUGAUUUCUCUUAACAAGUUAACUGUCAAUGUCGGAAACGCAGAUCCUGCUCAAGUCGCAAAGGAUAUCGUCACUUGCCAGGGUCUGGGUAAGACAAUUCUGCUCUCCAUUGGAGGAGCAACUUACACCGAGAAUGAACUCGCAAGUGCUGAUGCCGCAACUACUGCCGCCAAGAAUGUCUGGGCUGCCUUUGGUCCCAAAACCUCAUCCUCGACAACUCGACCAUUCGGUGACGCUGUCGUUGAUGGCUUCGAUUUUGAUAUCGAAACUCAAGGUCUUACUAACUUGGACGUCUUCGCUCAAGAACUCCGUACUCUUUCGGAUGCUGAGACCAGCAAGAAAUACUACUUGACCGCAGCCCCGCAAUGUCCUUACCCAGAUCAAGCCGAUAAGUCCUUCCUUCAAGGUGCAGUCUCUUUCGAUGCUGUCUUCGUCCAAUUUUACAACAACAACUGUGGUCUUAACAAGUUCGUCAAAGGAAGCACUACUCAAUCUGAAUUUAACAUGGCUACAUGGGAUAAAUGGGCUUCAACCACCUCCAAGAACAAGAAUGUUAAGGUUUUCGUCGGUAUCCCAGGUAGCACCAGCGCCGCAACCACAGGUUACAUUGACCAAGCCACUCUUACUGAUCUCAUCACCUACUCCAAGACUUUCAAGAGCUUCGGUGGUAUCAUGUCUUGGGAUAUGGUUACUAUCAUUGGAAACAGUGGUUACCUUGCCAACAUCAACAAAGCACUUGGAGGCGUCCCUGCUUCAGGAUCUACUGGCUCUUCCAAGACUUCUGCUGCAGCAACCACCGCCAAGGCUACUGCCGCACCAACCACCCUUACCACUAAAGUCAAGUCUACCGUCGUCUCCUCCAAGGUCGUUGCUACCACUACCGCUAAAGCUGCCGCUACUACCACCGCCAAAGCCGCCGAUGACCAAACUACCGUUUCAUCUGCAGUUGCAAGCGCUACUGCCGCUUCUGGAGCUGUUCCUCAAUGGAGCCAGUGCGGAGGUGAAGGAUACACCGGAUCCACUGUGUGUGCAAGUGGCUUCAAGUGUGUUAAGACUGACGACUGGUGGUCUGCCUGUGAGUAAACUCUCUUUUCCCAUCUGGAUUAGAAUUUACUCGACGGGUAUGCUGUUCAGAAAUGUAUUGGCACAUGCAUAUGGCUAUACAUACCGAAUUUCCUUAUAUCUUUGAUGGAAUGACCUGGCAAUGAUGGUAUGGUAAAAAGGAAUGGAUAUAUCUGGACGUGUUUGGCAUUUUGACGCGCGGGAUGCGGUACUUGUUUUGUUUGUUUGGCAUUUAGAAAAUUUUGUUGAGUUUGUGUGAA